GCCACCCAAUUCGCCAACCUGAAACUCCACAGGCUUCUUGUCCGACAGGUCUUGGUCUAGCCAGCCUGCCAUCGUGUCCGGGACCCAUUCUCGAGCGCCGAGUGUUACCUCUUUAUCUCUAAUCAAGUGACUCGGCCGGUGUGAAAACAGAGGCGCGACUAUAAAGUCCCUGUUCCCUUCUAACGAGAGAGAACAAACCAGUUACUCCCGAUAUUGCCAUUCGCCCGUCUGCUUGACUCAUCGGCCGAGAAACAUGGAAUCCGGCGGCGCUUCUCCGUUCCCGGAGUCCCGUCUCCCGACUCCUUCGAAUGGUGCCACCAAGCGCACCAAGAUCUGUGUCUACUGCGGUUCCUCAGCAGGAAAUAAGCCAGAAUAUGUCGAAGCCGCCCGCGCGCUCGCCCGGGCCAUGGCUGCCCAGAACAUCGCACUGGUUUACGGAGGAGGCACCGUCGGACUGAUGGGUGAAGUCGCCAAGACGCUCGUCUCACUCUCCGGACCAGACUCGGUGCAUGGCAUCAUCCCGGAAGCCCUCGUGCGGUACGAGCGGGACCCGACGUACACGUCGAAACAGCUCAACGGGGCAAAGGGCACGCACUUGGCUGUCCCAGAAGAGUCGGUAUUCGGGCGGACGACCAUCGUCAAGGACAUGCACACGCGCAAGCGCUUGAUGGCGCAGGAGGUCAUUGAGGGCGGGCCGGGGAGCGGCUUCAUCGCGCUGAGCGGCGGGUACGGCACCCUCGAGGAGCUGUUUGAGACGGCCACGUGGAAUCAGUUGGGCAUCCACAGCAAGGGCAUUUGCGUGCUCAACAUCAAUGGCUUCUACGAUGGGAUUCUCUCGUGGAUCAACAAGAGCGUCGAGGAUGGGUUUAUCCACGGGGAAAACAAGCGCAUUCUCGUUGAGGCCAAGUCGCCCGAGGAAGCCAUCACAGCGCUAAGGGAUUACAAGGUUUCGGCCUCAGUAUUCAAGCUGUCGUGGAACGAAGACUAG